AUGAUUGUGUCUCUUUGGGUAUUACGUGUUGGUAGAAAACGCUUUGAAUAUUUUGAUGAAAAAUGGCUUUUGAGUGAAUGGAAAGUUUAUAGAGAGGAUGAUUGUGAAUUAAAUGAAUUUCCAUUGAAAGAAUUAUUUUUACAAUUUCCACCGACAUAUCCAUGGAGUGAAGAGCCGGGAAAUCAUAAUACUUUGAUGAAAACUAGGUUAAAAUUUUGGUUUUUCCUCAGACAUUUGAGGAUUAGAUCACAAAAUUUCAUUGAAAAUGAGAUUUGGCCCUAA